AGCUUCUUGCAAGUGCGACAGAGAUAGCCAAUGUAAAAACAACGACGCGUUUUCUUUUUAUUAUUUAUUUAACAAAACAACUGUGAAGAACAAUAUUAAUGAUUGUUGAAAAGAACCCGUAAAAGUGUAUUGCAUUGAUUGAGUUAUUAUUGUUAGCCACUGUUGUUUAAUAAUCUAAGAAUUCUUGUGCCUCCGUGUCUGCCAGUGUGUGUUUGUGUGAGGUGCAUUUUGUGAAAAAUCGAAAUUAUUGCAUAGCGUUGCUCCAGCUGCUCCUUCGUUGGGUUUUCAUGUUAAUGAACCUUUCCACAUUACUUGAUCCUAAUACCAUUGAUACAGAAACAGACGUCAAAUCACACAUCUGAACAUGUCCGAGGACACUGAAUAUAAGAAGUUACCAGUGGAGGAGCGAUGUGUCCACAAACUGUGGAAAGCCCGUGUCGAUGGCUACGAAGAGGCCGCCAAAAUUUUUAGAGAUUUGGAUGAUGAGAAAUCUCCAGAAUGGUCAAAAUUUGCUGGAUUAAUCAAAAAAAUGAUUGUGGAUUCAAACGCCUUGGCCCAGGAGAAGGGUCUUGAAGCGGCGCUUAUCUUUGUGGAAAACAGUGGCCUGGCUGGGCGGACAGUGGGUGAUGUCAUGACGGGAAUUGUACAGAAAUGCAUUGCAGCUCCAAAGACCAAAACUAAAGAACUUGCAGUUCAAGUCACCCUCAUGUAUGUGGAAAUUGAAAAGCAUGAGGCUGUGGUGGAAGAGUUGGUCAAGGGUAUGGACCACAAGAACCCUAAGAUUGUGGCAGCUUGUGUAGCAGCCGCCACAUUGGCUCUCCACGAAUUCGGGCACAAAGUGAUUGGAGUAAAACCGGUUAUCAAGAAGCUCGCCACACUCAUGUCAGACCGCGACAAGGCAGUUCGUGAUGAGGGCAAAUUGUUGGCCGUGGAAAUAUUUCGUUGGAUUGGUGCAGCCAUGAAGCCGCAGAUUGCCACUUUGCCGCAGGUGACCCUUAAAGAGCUUGAAGAUGAAUUUGACAAGCUAAAGGGUGAACGAGUGGAGCCCUCUAGAUAUCUCAAAUCGCAGCAAGAGAAACAGGCGAUGAUUGCCGAAACUGCCGCUGUCGAGGAUACAUUCAAUGAUGAAGAUGGAGGCGCUGGCAUGGAGGAAAUCGAUCCUAUGGAUCUUUUGGAUCCUGUUGACAUACUUUCCAAAAUGCCAAAAGAUUUCUACGACAAACUCGAGGAGAAAAAGUGGACACUGCGUAAGGAGUCCCUGGAAGUUCUUGAGAAGCUGCUUACAGACAAUCCAAAAUUGGAGGCUGGCGAAUAUGGAACAUUGGUCAGUGCCUUAAAGAAAGUAAUUACGAAGGAUUCCAAUGUAGUCUUGGUGGCUAUGGCAGUUAAAUGCAUGGCCUUGCUGGCAAAGGGAUUGGCCAAACGUUUCUCCAACUACUCAACGGCUUGUGUGCCCGCUCUGUUGGAAAAAUUCAAGGAAAAGAAGCCGAAUGUAGUGACAGCUCUGCGCGAAGCCAUGGACGCCAUUUAUCCAUCAACCACACUCGAGGCUCAGCAAGAAUGCAUAGUCGAAGCUCUGGCCAAUAAGAAUCCCAGUGUUAAAUCUGAAACGGCUUUAUUUCUGGCCCGUGCUUUCUGCCGCACUCAGCCGACUUCGCUGAACAAAAAACUAAUCAAACUGCUGAUCACGAGCCUCAUUAAAACGCUGAACGAAUCUGAUCCCACAGUCCGUGAUAGUAGUGCCGAAGCAUUGGGUACGCUAAUGAAAUUAAUGAGCGAAAAGACGGUCGCCCCACUCCUAACCGAAGUUGAUCCGCUAAAGAUGGCAAAAAUCAAAGAGUGUCAUGACAAGGCCGAGAUCAAGAUUAAAUUAGCAGCUCCUAAAAAGGAUGCGGCUCGUCCAGCUUCGGCUCCCAACGCUAAACCUGCAGCAGUUGCAUCCAAAUCUAAAGCUGGGAGCGGGGAACCCAAACCAGUUAGUCGUCCGGCAACGACUGGAGCUCGCAAGGUCAUCAAAAAGCCAGCGGGAGCUGCUGGCGGUAACGGAGGUGCUGCUACAGUAACUUCUUCGAAGGGUACUGGGAAAGCCAUGGCAACAGAACGUGAAAUGAGCCCAGAGGAAGUGCUGGCUAAGGCGGAUGAACUUUUACCUGCUGAUAUACUCAGCGGUCUAGUGGACUCCAACUGGAAGAAUCGUCUAUCUGCUGUUGAACAGUUACUUGGCCAGAUUGCAACUUUUGAGGCAAAACAACCGGGUAUAUCACAGAUUCUUGUGCGCACCAUUAGCGGACGCAAACCUGGUCUCAAAGAGAUGAACUUUCAAGUGCUCAAGGUUAAGCUGGACAUUAUACGCAGCGUAGCAGAGGAUUAUCCGCUGACUUCAAUCACUGUUGAUCAGGUAGUCAACGAGAUUACAGAAAAACUAGCCGACGCCAAAAAUGGUGCUGUCGCUGCCGAUGUUCUUACCGCCAUGGCGGAGGCUACCAAACUAGAUCAUGUAGUUGGAAGAGUUCUAAGUUUUGCCUUUGACCAGAAGUCACCAAAAGUGCAAUCGGAGGCAUUUAACUGGGUAAACAAGGCAAUUACAGAAUUUGGCUUUCAAAUACAGCCAAAAAUUCUGAUCGAGGAUGUUCGCAAAGGUGUCCAGAGCACGAAUCCCACAGUGCGUGGAGCAGCUAUUUCACUGGUUGGCACUAUGGCCAUGUAUAUGGGCAAUGCUUUGAUGAUGUUCUUCGAUGGCGAGAAACCGGCACUUAAGUCUCAGAUUCAGUCCGAGUUCGACAAAAAGAUAGGCGAGAAGCCACCUCGGCCUGUGAGGGGAGUCCAACGCAGCCUGGGCGGAGGUGAUGGACAAACCGAUCCAGACAAUGAAUGCGAUGAUGCAGCUGAUGAUGAACCCAUGAAUUUGAAUGAUUUGUUGCCCCGAAUUGACAUUUCACCGCAGAUCACCGAGAACCUGCUAAAGGAGAUGUCCGACAAGGAUUGGAAGGUACGCAACGAAGGUUUGACCAAACUGCAGAUUAUAAUUGCGGAUGCUAAAUUGAUCAAACCCAGUAUCGGUGAGCUGGCCCCCGCUUUGGCCCAGCGCCUUGUCGAUUCGAACGCGAAAAUUGCACAGACUGCUCUAUCUAUUUGCGAGCAACUGGCCACGGCCAUGGGAUCCAGUUGUCGCGGUCUCGUACGCAUCCUCUUCCCAGGAUUUUUGCAUGCUUUAGGGGAUAAUAAGAGUUUCGUACGAGCCGCUGCCCUCAACUGCAUUAAUAGCUUUGGUGAAAAAGGCGGUUACAAGGAAUUCUUCGAGAAUGAAAUGAUUCCGGAUGCCCUAAAGAGCGGCUCACCGGCCCUCAAGUCGGAACUGUGGGCGUGGUUGGCUGAUAAACUUCCCGGACUACCACCAAAAUCAAUUUCUAAGGAGGAGUUGUCCUCAAUGGUGCCCCAUUUGUAUGCCCAUAUCUGUGACCGCAAUGCGGAUGUCCGCCGAAAUGCCAACGAGGCGAUUUUGGGCAUUAUGAUUCACUUAAGCUUCGAGACAAUGGUGCGGGCUCUGGACAAACAAAAGCCAGCAUCCAAGAAAGACAUAAUGGCAGCUUUAGAGAAGGCUCGACCCAAUUUGCCUGUCAAGCCUCUGCCCAAGGGCAAGUUGCAGGCGCCCAUACCUGAUGAGGCGAAGAAAACUGUGCGUGGAGGGGGAGCAGUUGGAGGAAGUGCUAUUGCCCAAAAGGGUGGCGCGGCAAAAGCAGUAGUUGGAGAUAGCAACAAAUCAGCGCCUGCUUCUAGCCGAAAAAAGGAUGAGGAUUUAGACUUGUCGCCUUUGCUGGCAGUUAAUUCGCUUAAGAAUCAGCGUCUCAUCGAUGAACAAAAAAUGCGAGUUCUCAAAUGGCAAUUUACUACACCACGGGAGGAGUUCACAGAAUUGUUGCGCGAACAGAUGACGGCAGCAAAUGUGAACAAGGCGCUAAUGGCGAACAUGUUGCACGAUGACUUCCGCUACCACUUAAAAGUUAUUGAGCAGUUAACAGAGGAUUUACCACAAAACAGCAAGGCUCUGAUUUCCAAUUUAGAUUUGAUACUCAAGUGGCUGACUUUGCGUUUCUAUGAUACCAACCCUUCUGUACUGAUUAAGAGUCUGGAUUAUCUGGCGCAGGCAUUCCAGAUGUUAAUCGAUCUGGAGUACAUCCUGGCCGAGAAUGAAGGCAGCAGCUUUGUGCCACAUCUUCUCCUAAAGAUUGGCGAUCCCAAGGAUGCUGUUCGCAAUGGAGUACGUCGUGUUCUCCGCCAAGUCCUACUUGUGUAUCCCUUUACCAAGGUCUUCUCCUAUGUGAUGGAAGGAUUAAAGUCAAAAAAUGCCCGCCAGCGUACCGAGUGUUUGGACGAAUUGACCUACCUCAUCGAAGAAUAUGGUCUGAGCAUUUGCCAACCGUCACAGCAGGUGGCCUUCAAGGAGAUCGCUCGACACAUCUCAGAUCGCGAUAAUUCCGUGAGAAAUGCGGCUCUUAAUUGCAUUGCGCAAGCCUAUUUCUUGGGAGGUGAAAAGAUUUAUAAACUAAUUGGUCAGCUGAACGAGAAGGAUUUGUCCAUGCUCGAUGAGAGAAUUAAAAGAGCCAAAAAGACAAAGAAACCAGCUCCAGCGCCAGCUGAAAUAGCUAGUAAGCCGACUUCUGGACCCCCACAAGUUGCGCGACAGGAUAGCAUAGAGAUUGAGGAUGGCGAAGUCGGAAGCAACAAUGGCUCUGAUGAAUUGCCGCCACCCAACGAAGAAGGUUUUCAGCCAGAGUUAAACGCGCGUGGCCUGAGCAACUUGACGGAACGAAGUGCCACAAAUGUUGCGGCCUACUUACACUCCCUAACUCGACAGGCAACAUUCGACCAGGCUCCGUCAGCGCAGUUGCUUCAAUUGCAACAACAGUUGCAGCAGCUACAACAGCAGGCUCAACAGCUGAAACCCAGCGGCCCUUUUGGCCUCGACCCACAGGUCAUUGCCGAUAUCGAAAAGGAUUGGGUUCGUGUUGACCAGAUGGCCUUUAAGGAGUUGCCUAAAGUGGACAUAUCGCUGCUUUAUGAACCCAUUAAAGUAUUGCCUUCCCGUGGUGGUAUCUUUUAUCCUCAGGAUAAAUUCGAUCGCCUCAUAGCACGGUCACGGCACAUCCAACAGAAUCUUACUCCUCCGGCCCCAGGUAACACCAGCAUGGCCGGUGGAAUUUCACCAUAUCGAAGUCCAAUGCGUCAGACGCAAAGCCAACAGCAACAAGUAGAUAACAAUAUGCCCAAUCUCUCCGAUAUGUUGCCUAAGCAUGAUCCACAGCUGGUCAAGCUUAUUAAGGCAGUUGGCGGUCAGGAUACAUUAAAAGCCCGCGCCGCUAUUAAUGAGUUGGGUGCUAUUAUUGAAGCUCCUGAAAAACAAGCUGUGCUUCGUGACUAUGAGGAAAUAUUUAUACAAAAUGUAUUGGCGCAGCUUAAGAAUCUCUCGCAAUUGCCCACUUCACAGUCUUUAGUUGUGUACCAGCCUCUGCUGUCGAUCAUGUAUACAUUUUUCUAUGCCAACAUUCUUGGCACAACACUUAGCGUGGCCUGUAUUAAGAAUCUCAUGUCCUCGUUGCUGCAUCUAAUGGCAGAUCCAAAACUAAUCAGUGGCGAUGAUGGGCAAUAUAACAAAGUGAUAAAUGGCAUAUGCGUUAAAGUGCUUGACAAAGUCAAUUUUACUAACUUGAAUUGCGCCCUUAUUCGCCUGCUACGUGAGACUUGUCCAGUUGCCGGCCUUCCAAAAUUCACAGAGCUGUUAAUGAAAUGCAUUUGGAGGAAUGUUAAAAUGCUACCAGAGCGAUCCAAUGAGCUAAAUUACGAUGCAGUCAUUCUGGAAGUGCAUGAAUUUAUGUUGGCGCUUCCCAGCACAUGGUGGCAGAACCGUCCCUGCGACACACCGUUGCGCACAGUGAAGACAAUUAUCCAUAACAUGGCCAAAUUAAAGGGCAAUGCCAUAUUGCAGCAUCUGAAUCAAAUACCAACACAUUCGGAAUUACAUACGUAUUUGAUUCGAAUCCUUAAGAACUUCCAAAAGGAUGGCGCUAUCGUUGGCACCAACGCCUCGCCGCAACGCCAGCAAGGUGGUGCCAAAGAGGUUGCUUCAAAACGGAUAUCGCAUCAGACCCAUGAUACUGUAUCGCAAAUUUUCAAGCUAAUUUCAGACAGAGACACAAAACAGCAAGGACUCCAGAAGCUAUAUGACUUCAAGCAACAAAACCCAGAUAUUGAUUUGAGCACAUUUCUGCAAGGUUCCAGUGCCACUUUCCACAAGUAUAUCGAAGAAGGCCUAGCCGAGAUUGAGCGGAAUCAGAAUGUCGACCCUGUACAGGCGCCCGAUAAUCGCACAGCCUAUACCCAUUCUAAUUUCACAGAUACCUAUCAGAAAACUGAGCGAGAUGCAGACUAUUGGAUGUACCGCCUGCACUGUAUGACGGGCAAAUAUUCACACAAUUCGGAGGAUGGAUCCGGUGUACUGGAUAAUAAAGUGGUUGAUGAAAAUCUAUGCAUGAAUUCAAUGAACUCGCAGAAGGUAUCUCUUAUCAAGCGCGACAAACCAGAGCUAUCUCCCAAUCGCCUGCAGCAUAUACAAGCAAAACUGGCCCAGAUUAAGAAGGAGAAUCAUGCCCAAUAAACGCACGCUGGCGUGGAUGUUUACUAUUUGUAGUUAAAUAUCGUAUAAAUGAUUAUUAUAUACAUAUAUAAAUCAAGAGUAGCAAACCAACCGGCCCUCUCCCUCCCCUACACAGAAACACACACGGAACAAAUUACACUAACACUGAUGAGUAGGAAUAGGAGAACGGCGGCUUGUGUCGUCAACUACAUAAAUCAUUUAUUAUUUAACAUAGUUAUUAAUAACGCUUAUAAACGACUCUCGGUAUAUAUUAUUAUAUUAUGAUAUUUAUUCAAUUCAAUAAGAUUUAGUAACAAGCGAAAAUCGAAACAGGUUAACAACAAUAACAAUAAUUAACUACAUUUCAGUAACUACUACAAUACAAUAACUAUUACCAUUUAUUAUGAUUACUACUAAGUACUAAUUACUACAAAAUUAACUAUGUGCUUGCACUGAGUAAUAAUUCAAGUUGAAUUGGCUUAAUUGAGAUUAGGUUUCUGGUAUUCUUUUUUAUUGUUUAAUUCGAGUUUAAAAUGCUCCAAUUUUGUCCUCUUGUUAGUUUACGCAAUUAGAUUGUUAUAAUACAGUUUUUCUUGUUUUGGUUAAAUAUGAAGUUAAAUCAUUUUUAAAGAGAACACACUAUGUUAAAUAUUUAAAGAAUUGUGUAAACAUAUUAAGCAUCGAAUCUUGUUAUCCUGUCUAUGUUUCCCUCCCGUUUUCCAACUCCCCAACCUGUUCCAGCCAAGCUGAAUAAACAACAGCUAUGAGUUCAGCGCCCAACCCCGGCCUUGUCCCAUUUUAUUUUAAAUUCGAGUAUUUUACCAUAUAUGUAUUGCAGCUAAAUUUUUAACCUGUGUUUAAUUUAAGUCACACAUACACAAACCACACACACUUAAACUCACCACAGUCCCCAUAUACGCGAGCAUAUUUUUGUAACAUCCUCAUAUUAUUUAUGCAAAAAUAAAUGUUAUAUUUAUAAUUCAA